GACGUGAAUGCAGCAUAGUUGGACGCGACGGUGAGCGGAGGAAAGAAAAGGGCAAGGAAGGGACCUGUAAUAAAUUCAGCCUCGCACUCUUGGCGCCAAUCAGACUUAAAGAGAAAUAAAACAGCGAAAUUUCCAUUGAUUGUUUUCAGCAUAUUUGCGCCUAACCGCUGCUCCUCUCACAGCCGUCGGUCGGUGCUUUAGCAAGCUAGCCUCGUCAGCACACUAUCUAUCAUUGUCAUAUUAAUCUGGCCCCCUUUCUCUCUGUCUGUAGUCACGAUACUAAUAACUCAGCACAGGGACAAUAGAGGCGUGUUUCUCCUGGGGGACCGAUAAGACACAGCGGCAAAAUGGGGAGAAAGUCCAACAGAGCAAAGGAGAAGAAAGCCCGGCGUCUGGAGGAGAGGGCGGCCAUGGACGCUGUCUGUGCUAAGGUGGACGCAGCCAAUAAGCUGGAUGACCCACUGGCUGCCUUCCCAGCCUUCAAAAAGUACGACAGAAAUGGGCUGAACCUGCAGAUAGAGUGUAAGAGAGUGACCUCCCUCAACCCACUGUCUGUGGAGUGGGCCUUCGAACUCACCAGAGCCAACAUGCAGACACUGUACGAGCAGAGCGAGUGGGGGUGGAAGGAGAGGGAAAAGAGGGAGGAGAUGAACGACGAGAGGGCGUGGUACCUGCUGGCCCGCGACGCAGACUCCGCCCCCGUGGCCUUCUCUCACUUCCGAUUCGAUGUGGAGUGCGGGGAGGAGGUUUUAUAUUGCUACGAGGUGCAGUUAGAGAGCAGAGUGCGGAGGAAAGGACUCGGCAAGUUCCUCAUCCAGAUACUACAGCUCAUUGCUAACAGUACACAGAUGAAGAAAGUGAUGUUGACAGUUUUUAAACACAACCAUGGGGCUUACCAGUUCUUCAGAGAAGCUUUACAGUUUGAGAUCGAUGAAACUUCGCCGAGCAUGUCCGGUUGCUGUGGCGACGACUGCUCUUAUGAGAUCCUGAGCCGGCGGACCAAGCACGGCGAAGCCUCGGCGGGACACACCCACGGGGGCGGCCACUGCGGGGGCUGCUGCCACUGAUUGAGCUUCAGUUACUCCUUAUGAUUGGUUUAAAAGCCAGCAACUUUCAUGGCUGUGUGUGAAAGCUUGAGCUGCCUGCUACUCUGCAAACAUUACCAGUUUGAAACGGCCGUCUCUCCACGACCGUUAGAAAUGAACCGAUGGUGGAAUACCUGGUUGCCGAUGUUAAUGUUGCAUUAUGGAGUGAGAUUUAUGUGUUCUUUGUGUAUUCCUGCUACAAAAGCAGUAUGCAGUGUGAGCUUUCACACAUAGCUCCUGUUUGUCGUUUCCUACUUCUUGGUUCAGUGUCCAAGCCGUCUUUUCUCAUUCUCUUAUCCCACUUAAUGUCUAUUAGUAGUUCCCAGUCAAGAAAAAGCUUUUUGCUGACAUUGUAUACCACCACAGUCAACCUCAUCCCAUCCUGCUCUCAUCUCCUAACGUGCUAUACUGUAUCGAAUCAUUCUGCAGAGCUGCUUAAACUGUGGUUUGGGACCUAAAAUGGGAUGCUAGCCUUUGGCUGUAUUAUAGAAACUUAUUACCUCUAGUCAAGGCCUCUCAAGUUUAAGAUUAAGUUUAAGAAUUUAUCUGAAACAGUAAAUUCUGCUAAGUUGGUAAAUCAUGCUCUGACUCAAAUUACCAUGUAGCUAGGAUUAGUUCUCUAAUACAGCCCCUGAUUUCCUUAGGACCUCACACUGAGACUACUAGCUUGUUUCGUAGAACCAAGGUCCCAGGAUGAGGCUGAAUGUACCCGUGUUUAGGUCUCCUUGAAAACAGUCUGAGAAGCCCGGCUAUACUGUAACAUUACCUGUUGUAACACAAGCUAUACGCACAUAUGGCUUGUAGCUUAUUGAGUAACAAAAGCACUGCAGCUAGCAGCAACUGCACUGUUUUCAACCACAUUUGCCCGUGAUACUACUGUUACAUGAUUACAGUACACCAUUAGCACUACCCAUCAUCUCUAUUCAGGUGAUACCUAAAUGUUUAGGCGUCUCCCCUGCUUUUAUUUUUUUUAUAACUUCUGAGACAAGAUGUCCAAGAUUGCCUUUUUCUUUAUUGCAUCUCCUUUUUCCCUAGUGAAAUUAGUAAAGAAGAACUUUAAUUUCUCAUCUGUUGCUGUAAAUCUGCAUCCAGCCCAGACAAUGACCCCAUUGUGAUCCUCUUGCUCAUUCAGAUGUUCAGCUUGCUUUCAUAUUUCCUAAUCAGAGGUACAUGUCAUAAACUGAAACUCCUCGUUUCACUGCAUCAAUCCCUCAUUUGUCACCCUUUCUCUCUGCCAUCUUUUCCUUGUUUCCAUGCCUAACGCAUAAAAACAGGAGAUUUGUGUCAUGAUUCUCUCCUGAUUGACUUCCCAAAUUUCCUGUGCUUCAGUUCUGUGAAGAAAAUCACAUCCUUCUUUCCUUCCUCCUGCUCAUUGUGCCUCCAUUCUCCCUCCAUGUUCUCAAGGUGCUGAACGAUGACUGCAGACACAUUUACGUUGCCCUCAUCUUUAGUCACCUUUGUACUGUUGCUUUACUCCCGCUUGCCUCUUAGUUUGCUUCGUUUCCAAGAGGUACUAAUGAUAAACAAGUUGAUGUUGAUGCUCCUUUUAGCUGUAUUUAAAAACUACUAAAACCAUCUUCCAUCCCUCCUCUUACACAUUUUGUUAGCAUGAGCAAAUCAUAUUGAUUUAUCAUGGAUGAAAAUUGGUAGACGUCACCGCUUCAUUGUAUGGCUGUUCGAAGCUGAUGAAUGCUAUUAACUUGGAGGAAGGAACAUACAGUAGAUGAAUGGAUGGAUAAUAGAAGUACUUGCUGAGCACUGAAGGCGUUUUUAUGGUUGUUAUUCCUCUCUUCUCCUCAGUCGUGACGUGUUUUCCCAGCCCGCUGUCAUUAGCUUGCAUGACAAGAUUUAAAAAACGUUUAACAAAACUCAUAGUUAAAAUCAGGAUUACAUAACAGCGAUGCUGCUUCUGAACUGUAGCUGCACUGUUUGAACCCGUAUCUAAAAUCCUCACGUGGUUCAAAUAGCAUUACUUUAAUAUUUCAUACAAAUCUCCUAUGAACAUCUGUGCAUGUUAGAAGUAUGUGAAAGGGAGAGUUGUGUGAAAUUGAAAGACACUGCUGGGGUUUGGUAUUUGUUAAAGCAUCUUGGCACAAAGUCAGUACUGUAAGGUUUGGAUAAAGUUGUACUGUACUGCCCCAGAAUAAUCUUACUGCAAAGAUGCCUGCAGGAUGUCCACUGAGGAUUUUAGAUACCACUUAACUAGUCAACCUAGAAAGGCUGCUGUAACCACUUCAACCUUGUUGAUUCCAUAUCUGUUUACAAAACCUUCAGGGUAUUUUUGGACAGUUUCAAGUGCUAGCUGUCUGGCUUAGUGGCCCUAUCUAGAAACCACCAUAAAACCCUUUAAUUCAAGGACUGUAGUCAGUUUGUACAGAUUUUAUUUGCGGGCUGGAGGAGUGAAAAGAUAUUUCUUUACACUAUUGUGGAUGCAAAUAUUCCUCUUAUCUAAUGUGGCUGAGAGGGCCUUAACUUGGUACGGUUUGAAAUGUUUUCCAAAACAGGUCAUAUCAGUAAGGCUCAACUUGAGAUUUAAUACAGAUGGAUGCCUGGUUAAGUAUGUGAAAUAAGGGGAGACCGAAAUGUGAAGUAGACACUUUCUUAGACUCACCGAGAUACUGAAAUAAUCUGUGUUACACAAGAACAAUGAUGUUAUCAUAUAAAAUCCCUUGUGGAUUACUAAAUCCAGAUCCUGGGGUGAAAGUUUCUGGUUGUUUUGAGACUGGGUGGAAACAAACAAAAAAUAUUCUGAAUAUUCAGCACCUGUAGAUGACAUUUUGGUGUCUCAUGCUUGUUUGAACUCUGAUCAUGAACAACAAAAACGAUUAAACAUGUUGCUUGUUUUAGUUCUAGGCUGACUUCUGAUAAGUACAGUAAUUCACUUUUUUGUACUUCAUAGAUUACAGUUAAAAAAAAGAGGAUGUUGUACAAAGUGGUAGAAUAUCAAUCGACUGACAGUCUCUCUCUCAGGUUAAUCAAACGUAAUCAAACCUCAUCUGUUCUACUUAACAGCCAUCUUGUCAGCUAGGUGUUUGCUGGAUUGGAUUGGCCGCAGCUCUGAUCUAGAGUCAGUUUUGUGUGUCAUACCAUAACAUUGUUGAUUGAUUUGAAAAACCUUAUCUUAAUUUUCUACUUUCAACACAACUACGAAAGUGAUAACACUACUGUUCUGGGGGUGGUUUUGGUUUUUAUCUUAUGAUACAGUGGAAGACAAAGCUCUAUGCCUUUGAAAUGUGAAAUAGCUUAAAAGCAAAUAUGACAAACUGACCCUGGAUCAGUGCUCAGUGGUUUUAUUCAAUCCAGAUAGGUGGGCUGUGUUUAAAAAAAAAGGCUCACUUAAACUAAAAAUGUGUUCGUGAAAAUAUCUUAAGUUGGUAAAUGAGCCUAAACUUAACAAGUUUAUUUUAAAGUCAGUGAGUACUUUUAUUUUAGAAAAUGGUUACAAACCCUCACAAAAUCACAGAUCCUUCUCUUGGUCUUUUCUCUAUGUAUAUAUAUAUAUAUAUAUAUAAGCUGUUGUGGAUCCAUAUUCAUUUUCAUUUCUUGGCCUUUUACAGGUAAAACACUUUUUUAAACAUGUUACAAAAAAAGAAAGCCUCCAUGUUUGAGAGUGAGUGUUUAAGUCCUGUCCAUAAACGACAAUGAAAGGGAAAACUAAGUCAUUCUGCCUUGUCAGUGUUUUAUUUGUAUGUUACAAAUAAAGGAAAGUUGUUUGACUUUUCAA